AAAUUUCCCCGAAAUUCACCACAAACAUCUACUCACCACCAUUUCUCCGUUGCCUCUGCACAUAACCUCAAAUUUUCCUAUUUUCAUACGUGUGCACUUUAUUCCGGGGAAAAAGUGUUUUCGCGAGAGAAUUUCCAGGAAAAAUGGUAGUGGAAACGGUGGAAAAAGGUGCAGAGGCUUCUGCGGAGGCACAAUCGAAGAAGGCUGCAAAGAAACAAGCCAAGGAUGCUGCAAAAGCAGCCAAAAAAGCCGAACAUAGAGCUGCAGCCGGUGCACAGGAGGACACCCAGGGGGAAUCUGAAGACUACUCUGCCGGUAAAUAUGGACAGCCGGCGAUGAUUCAAUCUGUGGAAAAGUUCCCCGAAAGAAUCUUUGUGCCAGUGACGAAACUAACGGAAUGGGUGGGAAAGGAUGCUGUCUGGGUGCGUGGGAGAGUUCAUACAUCCCGUCAGAAGGGGAAGCAGUGCUUCCUGAUUCUUCGACAACACAGCAGUACAGUACAGUGUGUUAUUGCUGUGAAUGAUGUAGUAUCAAAGCAGAUGGUGAAAUUCACCGGAAAUAUCCACAAGGAAAGUAUUGUGGACAUUAAGGCCAAAACAGUUUCAGUUUCUUCAAAAAUUGAAUCGUGCACUGAACAAUCAUUGGAAUUGUCUGUACUUGAGAUUUAUGUGGUUUCAGCGGCAAAAGCACAACUUCCGCUCCAAAUUGAGGAUGCUGCUCGACCAGAGAAUCCGGAUGAACCAGAAGGGCUGAAUAUUCGUGUGAAUCAGGACACAAGACUUGAUAAUCGUGUGCUGGACUUGAGAACUCCAGCCAAUCAGGCUAUCUUUCGCCUCGAGGCAGGUGUUUGUCGUCUCUUCCGUGACAUCCUCACAGCAAAGGGUUUCACUGAGAUUCACACACCGAAGAUUAUUUCAGCUGCCAGCGAGGGAGGUGCCAAUGUGUUUACAGUGAGCUACUUCAAGGAUUCUGCCUACUUGGCUCAAUCCCCGCAGUUGUACAAGCAAAUGGCAAUUGCUGCUGAUUUUGACAAAGUCUUCACUGUUGGUGCUGUCUUCCGUGCCGAAGAUUCCAACACGCAUCGUCAUUUGACGGAAUUCGUUGGUCUUGACUUGGAGAUGGCCUUCAAAUAUCACUAUCAUGAGGUUAUUGAGACAAUUGGGGCCACUUUUACGGCAAUGUUCCGUGGAUUGCGCGAUGAGUACGCCCAGGAGAUUGCAGCCGUCAAUCAGCAGUACAAGGUUGAACCCUUCCAGUUUCUCGAUCCACCGCUGAAGCUCAAUUUUGCCGAAGGUGUUGCCAUGUUGCGUGAGGCGGGUGUGGAGAUGGGUGAUGAGGAUGAUCUGUCGACACCGAGUGAGAAGCUCCUUGGGCGCCUCGUGAAGGCCAAAUAUGGCACUGAUUUCUACAUCCUCGAUAAAUAUCCACUUGCCGUGAGACCUUUCUACACCAUGCCCGAUCCCAAGAAUCCCGAAAUGUCAAAUUCCUACGAUAUGUUUAUGCGCGGUGAGGAGAUUCUCUCAGGAGCUCAGCGUAUUCACGAUCCCGAAUUCCUCACAGAGCGGGCAAAGCAUCACAAUAUUGACAUCAGUAAAAUUGCCGCCUACAUUGAAGCCUUUCGCUUUGGUUGCCCCCCGCAUGCUGGAGGGGGCAUUGGCAUGGAACGUGUGGUGAUGCUGUAUCUUGGGCUUGAUAAUAUCCGGAAGACAUCCAUGUUCCCACGUGACCCUAAGCGUGUGACGCCGUAAGGAGUGACAGGUGAUGAAUGCAGGCACCUGCCAUUUGAUCAUUUAUUCAUGACGCGUCUAUUGAUUUUUUUUUAUUUUGACAAAUCUUUUUUUUUGCGAACUUUUCUCCCAAGAAAAGACGUUUCAAAGAAGAAAGAAAAAUGUAGAGAGAAGAUUAAAUAAAGAAAAAUGUGAAAUUAUGCAUUUUAUAAAGAAGAAAA